GAUUGGUGCACACCAAGACAUCACCAAGCCAACGAGCAAGAAGCGGCCUUCACAAGUUGCUGUUGUAACUCUCAGAAGACGCUGUUGUACUCCUCUCUAGUGCACGUGGCCAAUGAGACAUUCACAGCUGGUUGGUCAUCAAGAAGAAUAUCCUACUCAGCCACAGGGGAGGAAGAGUAAGAACUCUCACUGACUGAGGAGGGAGAGCAUUUUCUCGACACAGAGGAGGCGGCUCUCACCAGGUUGCCACUGACUGGUGUCUCUUUGGUGACUGAAGACCCUGGAGAAAAACCACCUGAGUCCUCACAGCUUCAUCAUAGUCCAAGUGAGGAGAUGAGAGAUGUGGAGCCACAGCCCCCCUAUGUUAAAGAGGAUGGGGAGGAGCCACAGCCCCCCUGUGUUAAGGUGGAAGAGGAGGAGCUGCAGUCCACCCACGUUAAAGAGGAAGAGGAGCCACAGCCCACCCACAUUAAAGAAGAAGAGGAGGAGCCACAGCCCCCCUAUGUUAAAGAGGAAGAGGAAGAACUCUCCAUCACUCAGGAGGGAGAGCAUCUUUUAGGGCCAGAGGAGGCUGAUCUCACCAGGUUGCCACUGACUGGUGUCUCUGUGAAGACCGAAGACCCUGAAGACAAACCACCUGAGUCCUCACAGCUUCAUCAUAGUCCAAGUGAGGAGAUGAGAGAGGCGGAGCCUUCAUGCAGCAGCUCACUGCAACACAUGACAACAGAAGCUGAUGGAGACCACUGUGGAGGAUCACAAGCAGACAACCUCUUAGCUCCACUGUCAGAUAGUGACGACACAACGUCACACUCUCCUGAAGGUGAAGACAGCGACUUCACCCAAGAAUCUCUGAGCAGCGAUACAGACUGUGAAGGUGAUAUGAUGACUCACACUGGCAACAAACACUCUGAAAGCUCUAAAAAGAAGACAGGUAAACGUUUUAACUGCUCAGUUUGUGAUAAAAGAUUUUCUUGUAAGAGUCAUUUGGCUCAACACAUGAGAACACACACAGGAAAAAAACCUUUUAGUUGCUCAGAUUGUGGUAAACACUUCACUAAAAAGUCAAACAUGCAUUCACACAUGAGAACACACACAGGAGAAAAACCUUUUUCUUGCACAGACUGUGGUAAACGCUUUAAUCGGAAGACACACGUGAAAUCUCACAUGAGAACACACACAGGAGAAAAACCUUUUAGUUGCUCAGACUGUGGUAAACACUUCACUAAAAAGUCAAACAUGCAUUCACACAUGAGAACACACACAGGAGAAAAACCUUUUAGUUGCUCUGACUGCGGUAAACGCUUCACUUUCAAAACAAACAUGCAAUCACACGUGAGAACGCAUAUAGGAGAAAAACCUUUCAGUUGCUCAGACUGUGGUACACGCUUCACUCAAAAGUCAGCGAUGCAAUCACACAUGAGAACACACACAGGAGAAAAACCUUUUAGUUGCUCAUAUUGUGGUGACACAUUUUCUUGGAAGUCCGUUUUGAAAAGACACAUGCAGAGUCACUGAUGGUCUGCUGGUUGACUCGCCUGACUUCCAUGCAGUCACUGUGUUGCCACUGUGUUGUAACAUUCUUUGCAUGUGUCUUUGUUCAAUAAAUACAUCCUGUUUUUAUUCAUGUGCAAAAGAUGCACAGAAUGUUGUAACAAAUAAAGUCGCUUCCUGUUCCAUUACUUCCAGAUUGGGUCUGGAAAGUAGUGUUGUAAUGAUUCACUCAUUGGGCUACGGACCGCUUUCAGGAGGCCUUUGAAGAAUUUGAGUGAGAGCAAAAUGGUACUUUUUCCUUUUUAAAAAAAAUUGCACAGUUGAUUUGAUUUUGCGCAAACAAUUGUAUGUAAUAAAAGGGCAUCAUGAUAUUUAAUCAAUAUUUUUGUAUUACAUAUUGAUGAAAUCUGUGUGAUGAUACAAAUAUAUUUUUAUUUUUCAAGAAUUUUUGUCAGGUAUUUUUUUGUGAUUAUAAUAAGAAAUUACAGUCAAAUUGACAAAAUUAUAACAUUUUAUUGCAAAUUCUAAAAAGUACAGUACUGGUAUUUUAUUGUGGACAUUGAAUGCAACACCUAUAAAGUAAUGUUUCCCAAUGUAUUUGUUCCAGCCGUAAUUGUAUCAUGUCUGCUUUGUUUUAGUUACUUUGUUUUAGUUUUCACUUUCGUUUUAGUUGGUGUAGUCAGUAGAGGGCACUCUGUGUCCACUGCCUGAUUGUUUUGGGGCGUUACUGGAAGGAAGCCACAGUCUUUCAUUGUGUUGGGAAAUGUUUGUUUGCUGGGUUGUAUGGACUUAAACAAGUCUGAGCACUGGAGUUGUAAUCAAUGAGA